UUUUCAGCAAGUAUUUCAGAAAAUUCACUCAGUUCAGAACUGCUACGGAUACAAGCUCUGGAUGCUGACGAAGACUUUACAGACAAUUGGUUAGCAGAGUUUUUCUUUAUAUCUGGGAACGAAGAUAACUGGUUUGAAAUUGUUACAGAUCGAGCUACAAAUCAAGGAAUCCUUAGAGUAAUUAAGGAACUAAAUUAUGAACAACUCCAAACUCACUCACUGAUGAUUGGUGUCAGGAAUGUAGCUGCCUUCCACCACUCUGUUGCACAUGACUUCCGAAUAUCUGGAACACCCCUCACAAUAGAAGUAAAAAAUGUGAUUGAACCACCAAGAUUUCAUCCAUCUUCAGUUGUGUUUUCUGUAUCAGAAAGCACAAGAGUGAAUUACGUUGUGGGAACAUACACAGCCAUUGAUGAGGACACUGGAGCUAUUGCAUCAAAUGUUGUAUAUAGUAUAGGACGUGAUCCAGGUGCCUGGUUCAGAAUCAACCAAAACACUGGUGAAAUCACACUGAACAAAGUUAUUAACCGGGAAUCGAUCUAUGUAAUCAAUGGGCAGUACAGAGCAGAGGUUCUGGCUAUCACCAGAGGGGUUCCUCGAUAUACUGCUACUGGCACCAUUGUGCUUUCAAUACAAGACAUCAAUGACAAUUGCCCAACUAUUAAUACUGAAUUAAGGAAAGUAUGUAUGCAUUCCCCAUCAGUGAUUAUCACAGCAAAGGCUAUGGAUGGUCAUGCAUAUGGUCUCCCCUUUACAUUCAGCAUACAUGGUGAACCUCAAACUACAUGGAUUAUCAGAUCAAUAAAUGCUUCCUCUGCAGAACUAGUGAGUCAGAACAUUGACUUUUACAUGUAUAGGAUCUAUAUCAGCGUAAGAGAUAACCAAGGCCGACGUUGCGCUAAACCACAUAUAAUUCCUGUGCAAGCUUGUCAGUGCGAUAGUCGUAAUUACUGCACCAGUGGGGCCACGAAAGUAAUUAUCAUCGGUGGCCGUGAUGGUAGCGGCAGUGGCGGCAAUGAUGGAGGAGGCCAGGUAGAUGGAGGAGGCCAGGUAGAUGGAGGAGGCCAGGUAGAUGGAGGAGGAAGAGGACAAGAUGGUGAUGGUAAUGGAGGAAGAGGAACUGAGGACCACACGUACUGGCAGACUUACACUGACGGAUACAGUGACGGUGAUGGAGGAUUUACUGCAGCCACUGAUGAUACUUUUAAUGGAAAUGGAAAUGACAGAGAUUUCCUAUCUUCUACCACACUUAGCGGUGCUGCCAUUGGCCUGAUGUUUCUUGGUGGAUUAAUAUUUGUUCUGAUUCCAAUUUUGAUGUCAAUGAGCGACUGUUGUGGCUGUGGACCUGGCGCUGCAGGUGGAGUUGGAACUGGCUUUGAACCUGUACCUGAAUGCACAGAAGGGGCAAUUCAUCCAUGGGGAAUAGAAGGAGCACAGCCUGAAGACAGGGAUGUCUCACACAUUCUUGCCCCAACAACAGCUGCAGGAGGUGAUUUUGGUGAACCCUCUGACAUAUAUACAAACACAUACGGAGGAGGAGGAGUAGUAGCUUCUGGUGUUGAAGAAACUACAGGGGUUGGCUAUGGCACUGGUACUGGUUACGGUACAGCUGGAGGAAUUUCUGGAACAGGGGAAGCAAAAGGGUCAAUUGGAGGAACAAUAAAAGAGUAUCGAGAAGGAGGGGUGAACAUGGCCUUCCUAGACAACUACUUCUCUGAGAAAGCAUUUGUGUAUGCAGAUGAAGAUGAAGGUCGUCCAGCAAAUGACUGCCUAUUAAUAUAUGAUCAUGAAGGAGUCGGUACUCCUGUUGGCUCUGUGGGCUGCUGCAGCUUUAUUGGAGAAGAUACAGACGAAACGUAUUUGGAUACAUUAGGACCAAAAUUUAAGACCCUGGCAGAGAUCUGUCUGGGCAAAGAGAUCGAGCCUUUCCCUGAUGUCAACCCGCCCUGGCCAUGCGUUAACGUCACCUUUCCCAACCCUGAAAGUGAUCUAAACCUCCCGCCACCUGGAACCACCAUCAUUGUCAACGGAUGUGCACCUAUGCCUCCCCCAGUUGGCACUACAACAGUUGUUACUGAAAACACCUACACAUCUGGGUCAACCAUACAGCCCCCGAGGCCGAUGCCGGAUCCUUUGCUCCACGGCAACAUGACGGUGACUGAGACCUACACCUCCGGCUCCCCCUCUCUUUGCGUUGACCCUCUGCGUGCAUCCAACGUUGUUGUAACAGAAAGGGUUGUCGGUCCUGCAUCUGCCUCUGAUUUGCGUGGCAUGCUAGAUAUCCCCGAUCUCGCAGAUGGGUCCAAUGUUAUCGUCACGGAAAGAGUAAUCGCGCCUAACUCCCGGCUCCCGACCUCUCUGAGCAUUCCCGAUUUGGUAGACGGGUCGAAUGUGGUGGUGACAGAAAGGGUGUUCAGGCCUGCCUCCGGCAUGCCAGGCAGCUUAAUAAAUAUUCCCUCGGAGUUAUCAAACGCCCACAACGUGGUGGUCACCGAGAGGGUAGUGUCAGGGUCUGGGAUGAGCAGCCUAGGGGGGACAAGCUUAGGGGGAGCAAAUCUGGGGGGCCUGAGCAGCACGAGUCAGAUGCUCAGCGCCGACUGUCACCUUGGCCAGGCAAUGGGCACGGCGUCCCCGGGCACCUCCCGGAGAAGAGUGACAAAGUACAGCACUGUGCAGUACUCCAGUCAGUAA